CCAUUUUCGAUAAGUUGUGUAUGUCAAAAGUCACUACUUUGAUCAAAAAGAAGAAAAAAAUCGUCCCGAUUUGUACUGUAAAAAAAAGUGAAAUUACUAUUCAUUUGCAUAUUCCCAUGAAUUUAAUUGAAGCGCCACAUACAGAACUACUAACAUGGCAGUUCAACUCGAUCAAAGUGGCAAAGAUGAUUUGAAAACUCAAUUUAUAACUCGAGAAGGCACAUAUAGCUUGGUGGUGUCUGAAUUUUCACGGCCAAAUCGAGUCAAUUAUCAGUCUAAUCAGGGCAACCCUCAAGUUCGUGUCAGUUUGUGCACAUUACCAACAAGUGAACUCAGUGCACCAUGUACAAACGGAUCGGAAAUAUUUUCGGGCGGUUCAGCAACAUCUACUGGAGGUGAUCGAAUAUGUUUUAAUCUCGGCAAAGAGCUGUAUGUGUACGCCUUUCGAGGAUGCAAAAGGAUUCCGACGGUCGAUAUGGGCAAACCACUGGACAAGAAAUUAUACAAAGGAACAAAUCCUAGCUGUCACGAUUUUAACCAGAGUGUAGCUGUUCCAGAUGGUGCACCAUUGCUUGUUGGUUUUACAACGGGACAAAUUCAACUAGUGCAACCGGGUAAACGGGAACAAGGACGACUAUUUAAUGAAGAUAGAUUUAUAGACAAAACGAAAGUUACUUGCCUAAAAUGGUUGCCGAACUCGCCAAAUUUAUUUUUAGCGUCACAUUCAUCCGGUCAUUUAUAUCUAUACAAUGAGGAAUUACCCUGUACGCCUUCUGCACCAAGCUAUCAAAAUUUCAAAUCUUGUGACGGUUUUAAGAUUGACGUAUGCAAAUCGAAAUCGACGCGUAAUCCUCUGUACAAAUGGACGUUCAGCAAUGAUCCGAACUGUUGCAUAAACGAAUUUUGUUUUUCGCCGUGUGGUCUAAUGUUGGCAAUUGUAUCCCAAGACGGCUUCCUGCGUGUAUUUAACUAUGACAAAAUGGAAUUAAUGGGCGUAGCACGAUCGUAUUUUGGUGGUUUCCUCUGUGUGUGUUGGAGUCCCGACGGUAAAUACAUUGUGGUUGGCGGUGAAGACGAUUUGGUCACUGUCUGGUCGUUGCACGAACGACGGGUUGUUGCACGAGGCCAGGGCCACAGAUCGUGGGUGUCAGUGGUAGCGUUCGAUCCGUUCACAACGUUUCCCACAUGGGAUGGACCCGAUUUUUCGGACGACGAAAAUCCCAUCAACGAUAGCUAUCGGUGUUACAACAACCACAAAGAUAUCGACACGGAAAGCAUUCCACCAAUGGGAAAACGAUCGACAUCGUCAUGUCGUGAUAGUGCAAUCCUUCCGGAUAAAUUAGGUAACUGUUAUCGAUUGGGAUCGGUUAGCCAGGACACACAAUUAUGUCUGUGGGAUAUAACCGAAGAUACGUUAAGACAAUCGUAUGAAAUACGACAACGGCUCGGUUCCCACGAUCCCCAGGUGAAUGGAGAAUGCAGCGGUCAAGUUUAUUGUAAUGAUAUAAAAGUGAUAAAUCCGACAGCGAGUGGUUCGGGUAUGAUGGGUAUAAAUAAAGAUGCUGUCGACAGUAGUAGUAAAAAUAGUAGCAACAGUAGUAGCAAAUCCGGAAGUAAAUUUGCGACAGCCAAUUGUACGAGCGGAAGUGAGAGUGGUCGCAGUUCGGUAAAUGAAAAUAUUAGCAAACAUUUUAGUAGUACGAAUAAAACAACAUCAAAUAGCAUUAGUGGUAGGGCGAGUGUGACCGGAAAUUGUGUGAAUGUGUCCAGUAGCGUAGGUAAAAAUGAGAAUUCUCCAAUUGACGCUGGUAAAUCGACAAAUGCUUCGAAAUCAUCGGAUACAGUCGGCCAAACCGCCUUCAAUUCAAUAACGCAACGUUUAUCAAAUUUUAGUUUCGGCAACGACAAAAAAUCCUCGUCAUCCGGCGAUGGUAAUCAUGGUCACAAAAAAACUUUCACAUUUUCCAAAUCGACCGGCAACCAUACCGGUUUCAUGCACAAUCACAACAGUGCAACAGCCGACAAUUCAACGUCAUCCGUGAAAAAUUCCAAAUUUUCGUCGAAUAGCAUAGUACCGACGUACGACCCAAUGGCUGUUAUUGGAACAUCCGUUUGUCCCCGGUUCGACGAGUGUCCGUUACUCGAACCAUUAGUUUGUAAGAAAAUCGCGCACGAACGAUUGACGGCGUUGAUAUUUCGCGAAGAUUGUUUCCUGACCGCAUGCCAAGAUGGUAUUAUUUACACAUGGGCUCGACCGGGAUUUUCGAGUAUGUCGCAACAUAUGUCUUCAAGUCCGCCAUCAAGCACUCCAGGCGGUACCGUUGUGUGAAUGUUGGUAAAAUGAAUUCAAAAUUAAACAAACAAAAUGUGAGUGAAAAAUUAGUUUUUAGCUUAGGAAUUUGAAUUAUUGAAAAAUGAAGAAACAACCACACAAAAAAUGCGAGUUAUUUCGAAAUUUGUUUUAAAAAAACAUCAAUUAUAAAUAUGGCCUACAUAGCUAAAAUGAAAUUGAGGAGAAUAUGUAGAUAAAACCAAAGA